GUGCUCGGACACCGCAGGGGCGUAGUCCUAUCGGCAUUCGGGCUGCAGACAGAGUCCCACAUCCAGGCCUGUUAGAAUUACGCUAUUAGAGGCUACAGGAGGCUAAUAGGCUCCAGCUGGUGUGAAGGUUGAUCUGAUCCGACAGAUAGCCUGUCUAUCGCCAUGGAGCUGCACCUGUCCGUCAUAGGCUGUCUCCUCUUUGGCAACAUAAUGAUAACGCAUCAGACGACUCACAUGAACCCGGUGACUACAUUCCUGUUUGCUCCACGUGGGCCCCAGAUGUUUCCAUGUCUCACCUACCUGGAGCGAAAUGUCAGGGUGGACUGUGAGUUCCCGGAGACCUACGAGGUCCCCGGCCCCUACUGCGAGUAUCGGCAGGACAGCCGGCUGGUGGGGACCACCUUCCCCAACCAGGUCAUCUACGUGUCCAUAGACGACCGUAGAAGGAGCAACGUAAGCCUGGUCCACCCUAAUCUGUGCCGCCUCACCUGGGCGCCGAUGGCUGAUGAGAAGCCGUACACCUACACCUGCAGGGUUUAUCAGGGGAGCACUUGGAAGGAGAACAGCAUGGCCGUUCAUCACAGGCUUCUUCCAAUCUGCUCUGCAAUCAGUGUUAUGUUCAAAUCAGCACCUUGGCUUUUAUCGCUGGUGUUUUCACUUCCUGUGGCUGUGGGUCUUCUGAGUCCUUGAUCUCUUGCUUUCACAGGAUAGCAACUCAGUGGGCCUUUUUUAGUACACGAUUAAUGGCUCCCUCUGGCAUGAUGGUUGUGCAUUAACUCAAGUUAUAGGCAGAGAGUAGAAGCUCUCUAAAUGAAGACUGAAUAAAAAUUUUAAAAUAACCUCUCCCUUAGCAUUGGACUACUCUUCAAAAAUGUACCGCUGAUGUGUAAGAGAUUUUAUGUAUUAGACCUCACUGUCACCUCAGUACCUUGAUCACCUUUGUUUCACAAGGGAAAAGAAUUCAUGACAAGUGGAAAUGGCAAACACGGCAAAUGAAUGCAGCGCUAAAGGGUGUUCAUUCUCUUUUAUGAUAAAAGAUUUCUUCCCUAACAAAUCUUUUAUGAUUUGUUUUAAAUCAGAUUUUUUUCUCCUCACCCCAAAUGGUGGGAGUACGUAAUCGGUUCCAUUUGUUUGUCUGUCUUUAUUAGGUCUCUCUUGUAAAUAAGUUUUGAGAUAUACAAAUAUUUUGUUAUUGAAAUUUAUUACAAAUAAGUUUUAUCAUAUUAGAGAAGCUGACAGAAGAAGAAGUCUAUAUAUGCCUAUAUUAAGAGUGGAGGUCAUCUCUGAGCGCUUUUGUUCUUCUAUCAUACAGACAUAUCUAUAAAAGAAUAGAGAGCCCUUUGUUGCCACCAGUUUGCGCAACAGCUCAUACAGUCUGUAAACCUAAAGAUGUAUUCAUGUGGCCGCUAUGACAUUUGAAUGACAGUAAUACAUAACUGCACUAACACUGCCUUUCCUGCUCGCACUGGACUUCUUUGACCUUUAGCUCAUUUAAAUUACACCUGGACACUGGAUCUGCACAGACGGCCCACCUGAUAAUAAGAAAAUCACUCAAAUAAAACCUUUUUUUUGGGGAGCAAUAACAUAGCUGGGAUUAUCGCUCCUUCCCUCGAAGAUCUUGGAGAAGAUCUUGGAGUCACUCCACCAUGUUUCAGUCUUCACUUUAAAGGAUUUCUCAUGUUAUUAUCAUCAUCAUUCCACCCCAAAGCUCAAAAAGACACAGAGUCGGUGUAGCUGUUUCGACUUUUGCAGCUUUGCAUUGAUUAAAUAAAAAUUUAAAUAGCAGCAGUCCAGCAGAAACACAUCUCCAAGAUAUGAAACAUAAGCAAUAGAUAUUGGAAGUGUAACUUUUUGCAUUUCAAGUAAUCGCUGCAGCACACCUUGGGUGUUUAAACAAGCUAUUGCUUAAAACAUUAAUGUGCAUAGUAUUGGCAAAAUAUGAAAGUAUUAUUAUAGUGUUUCUAUUUUAUUAUGUUAUCUUUAAAAUGUACUCACCUUCCAUACUAUCCAACACCAACAUUUGGGGCCCUGCUAGGCUGUAUGUAUGCAUUUUUUAGUUUUAAUGAUCACAGUGUACGAAUAAUUGUGUCUGCAGUUUUUCUCUGUUUAACUUUGGCAUUAUUUUCAAGGCACCUUUUUUCAGUAUUAUUUAGAAAAUGAUUCUUGGAAGACGACCUAAUAUUUUUCUUCUAGUCAUCAUUUUUGAUUGUUUUACUUUAACACUAAAGGUGUACUAAGGUUUACUAAACUAUAUUGAAAAAUAAAGAUAAUGAAUUAUGAACAUUACCUGCAUUUUCUCUGCACAAGCCACUAUUUUUGGAAGAAUGUGUUUUUUAAUUUAUUGUGUUAUGGUUUGUUUUUAUUGCUUGGACCUGUGCCGACUCAUUUCACAGAAAUAAAAUGUAUGAAACAAAUUAAAAUAUAGUUGGAGGACAAGAGGCGUGUCUUAUCGCGCACUCGUUUCAGGUUAGGAUAGAAGAACACAUGUACACAUGUCUAAACACUACCAAAACAAGUUAGCCAUAUUGAUUCUGAUUCUUUUUGGUUUUGCUACCUUACUAUUUUUGUCCAGCAGAGGGAGCACUUUUGCAAUAUAUAGAAAGCCAUUAUAUGUGUAGCAUAGUAUCUAUAAAGACCUAUACAUAAAAUGCCUUUUAUGGCUUAAUGUAUGUAAAGCACAUUCAUUGUCUUGGUAUUGAAAGGUGCUGUAAAA